AUGCGCGGGCAGUUCCCCCUGCUGCAGCCUUUUUUCAAUAAAGCAAGCCAGGACCAUCCAUUGUUAUUAACCCCCAGGCCUGCCGGUUCCUAUGCAAUGGAUACGGUACAGGCUAUUUUGAAAACACCACUGGAAGAAGGCCCCAGCCGUUUACUGUUUGAGAACAAGGUCAGGGAGUACCUGAUCUUCCUGCUGGUGGAAGCGGCUAAGAAGGAUGGACCGCAGGUUAAGCUGACGGCCAGGGAAAGGGAGAUGCUAAUAGCGGCCGGUCAGCGGAUCCAGCAAACAUUUAACCGUAAAUUGCAGGUGGGUGAACUUAGCCGGCAGACCGGCAUCAAUUCCACCAAAUUCAAGGAAGGUUUUAAGGAGGUCCACGGCAAUACGGUGAAGCAGUUAAGCAUUGCCGCGCGACUGCAGGAAGCGCGCCGCCUGUUGAUGAAAACGGAUCUCAGCACCAAACAGAUCAAGGACAUGGUCAGUUAUGCGCAUACCACCACUUUUAUCAAGGCUUUCCGGGAUUAUUUCGGGUAUACCCCCAACGAGUUCAGGAAGCAAUGUGGGCGGUUAUAA